UCGAUAUCAAUAAAAUUAAACAAAUUUUCACCAGAUCUGAUAUAUGUAAUAAACGAUUAAUCCAUUCAGUUUUUGUUAAUUAUCAAAAUAAGAUUGAUUAAUUAUUUAUUUAUUUCCGCAAUGUGCGGGAAUUUGUUACGUUAGGAUUCAAUUGAUUAUAAAAUCGAAAUUGAUGAUGAUAACGAAACGGCGGAGAUAAUUGUCGUUUAGAUCGGAGGAGAAUAUUAUUAGUGAUGAUGGAAUCAUCACCGCCACAAUCGAAAUUGUUGUUUUCAUCCGGCGAUGGCGGUGGUUGUUUGGCCGGCGGUGGAUAUAUUGAACAUACUGUAACUAAAUUUGAUACUCUUGCUGGUGUUGCUAUUAAAUAUGGUGUUGAGGUGGCUGACAUAAAAAAAAUGAAUGGUCUGACAACUGAUCUACAAAUGUUUUCCCGCAAGACGCUUCACAUACCUCUACCAGGAAGGCAUCCACCUUCUCCCAUCAUGUCAAAUGGACACCAUACUCAAGGGUCAAACAAAUCAGAGAUGACACCACCAUCCCACCGUAGACAUUCAGAUUUAUUUGACUCAAUCAGAUCCUUGAAGUUAUCAUCUUCUUCCCCUCGAACUGUUUCACCAUCCAUGAAUGCUUUACGAGACUAUUAUGGUCUUAAACCAACAAAUUUAAAUGGUAUUGAUGAAAGAUUAGAAAAAACAGAUGGCUAUCAAAAUAGAGGUACUUUCAGUGUAGAACAGGGUUCCAAGCCACCCCAAAGUUCCCACCCACCAAUGGGUCUUCACAGAAAAUGCAAAAGCCUAGCUCAUGGGAUGUCAGAAAAAGGUGCCAUGGAUGCUGAUGUGGCAGUUCCAAAUGGAAAUACACACGAUUAUGGUUCAUGGUAUGACAAGUUAAUGAGAAGGCGUAGAUCAGAAGUGGACCUCCAAAAUCACACCCCAGAAAUGAUGCUUAAACCUGACACGACCAACACCACCGGUGCAUUUUCAGCAGCAGCCGGUAAAGGCCUAGCCUUGAGGCCAAAGGCUGCCAGCCGAACCAAUAGUGAUGCCGACGGUCUGCCAACCAUGCCACCUUUGAAGUUGGGGGAUUCAGUGGUUGCUGACACUUCUAAUGGAGUUAAAAAGUCUUCAAGCUCACCAAGCUUUCAGGACUCGUACAAUAACAAUAAUGGUAAUAACUGUACAUCUACAUCAAUCUGGCCAACUUCUAUGUUAAAUUUGACUGCCGAUCUUCAAGCGUUGUCUACGGCUGCCAUCACAAGACCAAUCUUUGAUGGGUUGCCAAAACCAAUGAGUGGCCGGAAGAACAAGGCUGCAAUUGAUUAGUAAAUUAUCUUCUGUUUGUUUCGAUAUAUGGUUCUUGGAGGAAUUGAAUCCGCUGAACAGGGGAAAUAGAAAGAAAUGGUGAUAAAGGAAAAUAGAAAUAAAGCAAGCAAUCCAUUGAUGAAAUCAUAUAAAAUUUUUGGGGUUAAAAGUAUACAUUUAGAUAGAAAGUUGUAUAUUAGAUGUUUAGGCUUGUGUAUUGAGGAAAUGCAGGGAGAAGGUUGAAUGAUGUUUAUAUUUAUUUUUUAUAAAAUUAUUUUGAAACCACAAUGUUGAACGUAAUAUUCUUUAUUGAACAUAUAUUAAAGGUUCAUAUAUUCAAAUUGCAAA